GAGGUUGUCGUAGUAACUGUGGAGCAACACAACAAUGUAUUGACAUAAAAAAUGUACUUUUGAAUACUUAAGUAUUUUUAAAAGCAGGUUACUGAAGUACUUGAACUCAAGUAAAAAUCUGAGGAGCUUUCACUUGUAUUGGAGUAAUAUUUGACAGGGAGGGUAAUGGAGCUGUGUACGCACUUUGUCUGAUUAUUGGUGAAUAUUAAUGAGGUAAACGAUUAAAACGAUCAGCGCUGGCUCUGUCUGAAAACAUUUUGUUGUUGUACAAGUUCAUAGAAAUCUAAAACAAAAUCUGUUCUUCCGCGUGUUUGUUCAGGCAGAAUGGAAACUAUGCAAGAUGGGUGGGAUCAUAAACUGUCCUCCAGUGGUAGAUGCCCUUAGGAAUUUUAAUUGGCCUUAACUGUUCCUCCCAACCAGAACAUUCACCCCCCCUUCUCUGAGCAGACAGGUCCGAGCACCGGUACCACAGACAGGACAGAGAGGCAGGUCCCUGCGAUAGUUUAUUCUUUAACAUUAACUGUGCUUAAGGUUUUUGUUUCUGUUAAUUACUUUUUGUUUUUACUGUAGACAGUGAUUGAAACUGUCCUGAAGCUCGACCAGCGCGUGAUGGGCAGACAGAUUAGAGUGGAUCAUAAUGAGGGUCAUUUAAGCUGUCUCCACCACUUCCCCUACAACAGCCUCCGCACAACACGCUUCCAGUGUCUUUUUUUGGAAAACGCAGACUGGGUGCAAUGGAAGUGAAGGUGUCUGUGGACGGUAUCCCACGCGUGGUCUGUGGAGUCACAGAGGAAACAACAUGUCAAGACGUGGUCAUAGCGUUGGCUCAAGCCCUGGGUCAGCCCGGACGCUACACGUUACGGGAGAAGUUCAAAGACUUUGAGCGGUGCAUGACGCCCAACGAACGCCUUCUGGAGACUCUGGAGAAGUACGGUGAGCAGGCCAGGGAGGUCCAGCUCACACUGCUCCACAACGGAGCCUCUGUCUGGGAUGAAAUGAGCAGAACAAAAGUUGGCAGAUACCAACCUUGCCCGCCACUGAGAAGAAAAGAUGCAGGGGCUCGGAUGCGGCGGAGCAGCGGUUCACUUAGUUUGCAUCGCCAAAGCUUGCCGCCGUUGACUUGUUUGAGGCAGGAAGCUGAGCAGCAAAAGGAAGAAGUGAAAAGGCCUAAAAGAAAGUCUCUGACGCUCAUGGAGGAGGCCUGGGAAUGGCUGGAGAGUCUGGGGAAAGGCAAAGUCUACAGUACUGCCUGCGAUAAGGAAAGCAGUAAGAGGACCGAUAAAAAGAACCGUACCUCUCUGGAUGUUUGUCUCAGUGUUGACAAAGACAAUUUGGGUCGAAGCAGCAGAGGCAAAGUCAGAGGCGAGAAAAGUUUCAAGUCAGACUUGGAUCGUCAAACGUCCUGCUGCAUGGGAAGUCAGACGAGAGGUAAAGAAAGCAAACACUACAAGAAAAAUCAAGAGGCUAAAGCCGACGACCUGUUCAGCUCAAGCUGCGUUACGGUUGAAGAUGAGAAGAACAGCCUGAGAGAGACCGUCAUAUGUCGGCUCGGCUGUUUGCAGGAUUUACAGGUCCAGAUUGCACUCAUAGACAAACAGAUUUCUGAGCUGGAGGAGAAACAGAGGGCCAAAAGAGCCGAGCAGGAAGCGCAGCAGAGAACGGCUGAAGAAGAGACGGAGCUGAUAAGGUUUUGGGAGAAUGAAUUAAAGGCAGAGGAAGGUUAUGAGAAAGAUCUGCAGUGUCAGUUCCUAGAGAUGAGGGCAAAGGCUGUUGAUUGCAAGGCCACACUGGAGGAGUACAAGCACAAAAUACAGGGGCUGGAUUUCUUUGCCUCUCAAAGCGUCGCUGGAGAGGAUUCAGAGACGAUUUCAAAAGCCGGUGCAAACGCCGCCACUGAACUUUCAACCAAGUACGCGAAUCGCCAACGAUCUGAUCCAGAUGGGGAUGUAAACGUUAACAGGAAGUUCCUGCCCAGAAAAGACUUCAACGCUCCUCAUGCUCUAGUUUCUCCCAGCCAGAUGAAAGAGCGGCGGCCCACGGGUCCCGCAGAGCUCAGGGAGUGGUGGACGCGCUGGUCUGAAUCCCAAAGCUCUCAAUUACAGACUAAAAAGAAGGUGAUUCACCGCUCUGAACUGACUAUAUAUCUGGGCGGCACGAAGGUUUAGAAUCUAAUGAAUGCUCCUUUGUGCCAGUUUAAUUCCUCACGUCGCAGGGCUCCAAUCCUCUGAGUUUAACUUGUAUUGAGUGUUUGUACCCAAGACUUCCUGUAUGUAUGUGGCUGGAAUGGAGCCCCAGUACUGUGGUGCAUUCACUUCCACACGAGCCCAGUCCUCCCACAGUUUGUUGCCUUCGGUGAGCCCCCUAGUGAUUGAAUAGGCUCCAUGUCAGAGGUGAGACCCUGUGGUCCAAGAGCAUUAUUUUAUUUUUUUUUUUUUAAAUAAUGCAACCCAUUCACUGCAACAUUUUAACCUCAUAAAAGCAGUCACAAAUUCAAAUGUUAUUUUAUAAUUAAACCUGGAGGUAGAUGAUUCUUGGCAACUAUGAAUAGUAUCCAGCCCAUGUGACCUUGUGUUGAAGUCAAUUAUGGAACACUAUAUAAUUGUACAUGUUAAAAGCCUUUUACUGGAGAGGGAAAUCAAAUAAAUGUCCUUGCACCGGCUUUGUCUGGCAGACAGCGUUUCAUCUGUGCAUCAUGGGGAUUCUGACCUCAAUAGGAACUCUAAUGGCACCGAGAUGGACUGUGGAUGAUGCAUUUUCCUGUUCUGUGCGACUCGGAGCUAAUGCAAGCGUUCAGUUUAAAAAGAAAAAGAAAGUAGGACUGGACUGAAAGCUUUGUCUCAGGUGAAUUUGUAAAUGUUGUCAUCUGCUGAGAAGUCCUGGAUGUUAUUGUUCUUCGAUGUGGCACGAUGGUUCUGUUAGUUUCAACUAUGUACCUUUGUGUUUGUUAUAAAACCUGUCUAAUGUUUUAUAAUGUUGAAUGAAAAUAUCUGGGUUGUUUCUUGCCCUCAUGUCAAUGAGUCGUUUUCACAGCUACAUUAUAAUUUUCUUAGAAUAGUCUUAAAGCAGAUUUGCAGCCGCUCUCUGAAAUAAAAAGACAAAUACAAACCAGCUCAUGAUUUUCAUAAAACUUUAAUUCAAUUGUUUCAUUCAAGACCAUUAACAAAAGUACAUGAGAACCUCUGUACGUGGUUCAACUGAAACCCGGUGAUCUCUAAAGUUGAAAUUAAUUUUGACUGUAACUUAAUGUGCAGAGGCACAACAGCUCACCCAACAUGUCUCCAGAGCACAAUAACUGAUGUCCUGAUUUUUAAUGUUUUUUUUUUUAAUGUUUUUUUUUUUUUUUUUUUUUUACUGAAUUU